UCACUAUAACUUAACAAUAAUACAUAUAACGAUAACGAAUAUGAAAAAAAGUACAGACUUUUUAUGUAGUAGAGGGCGACAAAAAAUAUUAAAGAAUAAACAAAUCAAGUGUUUAAGUAAAACUGUAAGAAAAUUAUUUUGUAUCAACUUCACCAAAUUAUACGCUAAGGAUCUUUUACUAUUUAGACAAUAUUUAAGAAAUGCCGAAUUCAGUGAAGAAAUGUCCACAGCACUAAAUGAAUAUAGGGAAAAUCUACUCCACUUGGCGUGUCAAUUUAAUGAACCACAACAUAUAAAACAAUUAAUUGCUUUAAAAUGUCCAGUUUUUAAACAGGAUUUUUAUGGAAGAACACCACUACACGUUGCUAUACAAAGAGAACAUAAGGAAUGUAUUGAUGAAUUCGAACGAAUAUUAACAUCAGUAAUAAAUCUCCCUGAAAGUGACGCAGUGGACAAAAAUGAACUUAUAGGAAAUUUAAGAAAAAUGUUUGAAGUUUACAAUCAUGAUGGUUAUACAAUUUUACAUUUAGCUGUUUUAAAAAAUUGUCCGACGUUGGUGAAAGUAAUGUUGACAUUUUGUUUAAAAUUCAAAAUUAAUAUUUUAGAAAAAGAAGUCUUGGGUUCGGGUGAUUCAAUAUUGCAUUUGGCAGUUAAAAACAAUUUUAAGGAUAUUGAAAAUAUUAUUGUUGAUAAAGUAAAAGAUAGUGUUAACCAACCGAACUAUAGUGGAGCAACACCAUAUAAAAUCAUCACCACAGAUGAAGAUCUGACGGAUGAUCGCACCACAGAUGAAGAUCUGACGGAUGAUCUCACCACAGACUAAAACCUGGCCUAAGGUCAUAUUGGGGAAAUACUUAUAUAUAUCGGUUCUUAAUCUUCUAUCAAAGGUUUAUACAAAUUUUUGAAUAAGGUCUAUCGUGUACACAUAUAGUAAAUUUUAAUAUUUUAUUUCUAAGAAUAAUAUCACAAAUAAAUUAACAGAUUGUUUCUUAAAUCUGUAUACAUAUAGAA